AUGAUCCACCGUUCACCGUACCCUUCUGUACCGCUAGCCACCGAGCCAUUACACGUAACUUUGCUGCGCGAGAGUCAGGAAGCCGCCCGGAAAGAUCCGGAAAAGGCGGCUUUUAUCAACGCCUUCGACUACGCGGACCGAAUUUCUUAUCGUCAACUGUUAGGCGUCGUAGACACGAUCUCUGCCUUCCUGCACAAUCGUGGAUUCCGUCGUGAAACAGCUGCCGUCGUACUUCCGAAUUGUUGGCAAUGGCCAGCAUUCUUUCUGGCAGCUCAAAAGAGAGCCGGUGUCGUCUCCGGAGCAUCAGCUUUAUUCACUGAUUACGAGCUUCAACGUCAAUUCCUCGACUCAAAGGCCAGUCUGGUAUUAACGGGUGAAGAAUCACUGGAUAAAGUAUUGAAAGCAUCUGCUCAUUGUCCUCUCAUAAAGACAAUUCUGGUAGUGGAGAAGCAGAAGGGAAAUAUUAGUGGGAGAAAGACCUUUCCAAGCCAUGUAUUUACAUGGGAACAAGCAAUGGAAACGAAGGGAUCUCCUCCUGCUGAUGAAUCUAUUCAUUUGGAUGAUGAUCUGACAAUUCUCCCUUAUUCAAGUGGCACUACCGGGUCCCCGAAAGGUGUCAUGAUCACUCAUGGUAGCUUCGCGACGAUGAUUCGAAUUUAUGCGGAACAUUGGCGCCAAAGGCUGGCAUUGGUGCUGGAUAAGGACUGGGAUAUGGAAGGCGAGCAUCGGAAUCUAUUUCUUCCUUUUUACCAUUGCUAUGGGAUGGCCGUUAUGAUCUGUUCAUUGUGGUUCCGUGCAACCGGCAUAAUCCAUUCGCGCUUUGAACCGGAUACAUUUUGCCGGGCACUUCAGGAUUUUAAGACUCGCUACCUGGCCGUCGUGCCGCCAAUCCUCGUAUUUUUGGCCAAACAUUCCAUCCCCUCGAAAUACGACCUAUCAGCCAUCGAAGAGACGAUUGCCGAGGUUUGCAGACGAUUUCCAGCUGUGCGAUAUGUUGCACAAGGAUAUGGGAUGACGGAGAUGAGCUUGGGGACCCAUUUCCCCGACCUUACGCCAAAAAUACAGAAAAUGGCGGCUGUUGGGAAGUUGUCGGCGAAUAAUGAGAUGAAGAUUGUCGAUCCGGGCACGAAUCGCUUGUGCAACAUCGGCGAACGUGGCGAAAUAGCUUUCAAGGGCCCCACGGUAAUGAAGGGAUACCUUGGGCGAGAUGAAGCAACCCGAGAAUCAAUCGUUGAUGGUUGGCUACACACAGGAGAUAUCGGAUAUGUUGAUGAAGAUGGAGAUCUAUUCGUUGUCGAUCGUCUGAAAGAAUUGAUCAAAGUCAAGGGACUACAGGUACCACCAGCUGAAUUAGAAGACCUUCUCUUGUCACAUCCUAAGAUUCGGGAUGCGGCAGUAAUCGGAAUUCCCGACGCAAGGGCCGGCGAAUUGCCCAGAGCAUAUGUCGUGAGAGCAGACGAUAGUCUCACCGAGCAAAUGGUUGCCGAUUUUGUCAAGGAAAAAGCUUCCGCCUACAAGCAGCUCAAGGGAGGCGUCGAAUUUAUUGAUGAGGUGCCAAAAUCUGCUGCCGGGAAGAUUUUACGGCGAACACUACGUGAUCGAGUGGCACAGCGGGCUAAACUC